GUCAGCCCACGGCGCCCCUGCGCUGCUGUGGAUGUGGCCACGCGCCACUCGGCCCUUGGACUGCUAGGAGAGCGCGGCCCGACGCCACCACGCCGUGGACGCUCGGGGACCCCUGAAUCCCAGCGUCAAGGCUGCGACGAUGCUCGUGACCUCCACCGCGAAGUCACCUCCGCAAGGCGAGGCAAGGACCUCGGCGAGCCCGGGCGCCGUACACCCGCCACUUUCCAGCCUGAUGUAACCCCUCUCUGCUGCUUCCUCCCCGCGCUUUGCUUUUCUACAACUGGAAGCCGCGGAGGCGGCUACUGCGCUGAGCCGCUCGCUCUGGUGGUCAAGUUUGGGCGACCCGCGCGGAGGAGGGUCGGGCUGACUGCCGCCGCUGAGCUGUCCCCGGACGGGAGUGUCCACGGCACUCACCCCCUCCAGCGGUGGAAAUGUGGAGAAGUAAGUGGGAGGCGGUGUCGGGAGCUGACUCCUCUUAAAACGGUCGGCGCCGCUGCUCUGAAAUGGGCGGCUAAGUGCUUGUGGGACUAAGGGCGGCCUCAGAGAUGCCCGGAAAACCGCUGCCACGGCCAGAGCGCGGCGCAGACGCGGCAGAGUUGGAGGUGUCCGCGGUGCGGGCUGCUGCCCACGCCGCUCUGGCCAGGUGCUGAGGGCUCAGUCCGCGCCUCGGCCGAACGACUCUCAGCCCCGUUGAGCCACCUCGUCCGCCCGGCUUUCAUCGCACCGGCCAGAGGAAAGUUCCCGCGGCCCCCACGCCUCUUCACAGCUGCAGCGCCUCCCCUGCUUUUGGCUCCGCAAGUGCCCACUUGAGUCGGGAGAGGUCCUCGGGCCGCCCCAACUGCCCGCCCCACCUGGCAGUCCGUCCCCGCCCCCGUCCUCGCGGUGAGGCGCUCCCCGCCCCCUCGCUCCCCUCCCCCAAACCACAGCCCGAGCUCGCUCUUGCGCGCGCGCUCUCUCGGGCCCAAGUGAAUAGUCCUCGCGCGAGCGGGACACUGUAGUGGAUGCAAUUCCCCUCACCUCCAGCCGCGAGGAGCUCCCCGGCGCCGCAGGCAGCGUCCUCCUCCGAAGCAGCUGCACCUGCAACUGGGCAGCCUGGACCCUCGUGCCCUGUUCCCGGGACCUCGCGCAGGGGGCGCCCCGGGACACCCCCUGCGGGCCGGGUGGAGGAGGAAGAGGAGGAGGAGGAAGAAGACGUGGACAAGGACCCCCAUCCUACCCAGAACACCUGCCUGCGCUGCCGCCACUUCUCUUUAAGGGAGAGGAAAAGAGAGCCUAGGAGAACCAUGGCGGGCUGCGAAGUCCGGGAAUUUCUUAUGCAAUUUGGUUUCUUCUUGCCUCUGCUGACAGCGUGGCCAGGCGACUGCAGUCACGUCUCCAACAAUCAAGUUGUGUUGCUUGAUACAACAACUGUGCUGGGAGAGCUAGGAUGGAAAACAUAUCCAUUAAAUGGGUGGGAUGCCAUCACUGAAAUGGAUGAACAUAAUAGGCCCAUUCACACAUACCAGGUAUGUAAUGUAAUGGAACCAAACCAAAACAACUGGCUUCGUACAAACUGGAUCUCCCGUGAUGCAGCUCAGAAAAUUUAUGUGGAAAUGAAAUUCACACUAAGGGAUUGUAACAGCAUCCCAUGGGUGUUGGGGACUUGCAAAGAAACAUUUAAUCUGUUUUAUAUGGAAUCAGAUGAGUCCCACGGAAUUAAAUUCAAGCCAAACCAGUAUACAAAGAUCGACACAAUUGCUGCUGAUGAGAGUUUUACCCAGAUGGAUUUGGGUGAUCGCAUCCUCAAACUCAACACUGAAAUUCGUGAGGUGGGGCCUAUAGAAAGGAAAGGAUUUUAUCUGGCUUUUCAAGACAUUGGGGCGUGCAUUGCCCUGGUUUCAGUCCGUGUUUUCUACAAGAAAUGCCCCUUCACUGUUCGUAACUUGGCCAUGUUUCCUGAUACCAUUCCAAGGGUUGAUUCCUCCUCUUUGGUUGAAGUACGGGGUUCUUGUGUGAAGAGUGCUGAAGAGCGUGACACUCCUAAACUGUAUUGUGGAGCUGAUGGAGAUUGGCUGGUUCCUCUUGGAAGGUGCAUCUGCAGUACAGGAUAUGAAGAAAUUGAGGGUUCUUGCCAUGCUUGCAGACCAGGAUUCUAUAAAGCUUUUGCUGGGAACACAAAAUGUUCUAAAUGUCCUCCACACAGUUUAACAUACAUGGAAGCAACUUCUGUUUGUCAGUGUGAAAAGGGUUAUUUCCGAGCUGAAAAAGACCCACCUUCUAUGGCAUGUACCAGGCCACCUUCAGCUCCUAGGAAUGUGGUUUUUAACAUCAAUGAAACAGCCCUUAUUUUGGAAUGGAGCCCACCAAGUGACACAGGAGGGAGAAAAGAUCUCACAUACAGUGUAAUCUGUAAGAAAUGUGGCUUAGACACCAGCCAGUGUGAGGACUGUGGUGGAGGACUCCGCUUCAUCCCAAGACAUACAGGCCUGAUCAACAAUUCCGUGAUAGUACUUGACUUUGUGUCUCACGUGAAUUACACCUUUGAAAUAGAAGCAAUGAAUGGAGUUUCUGAGUUGAGUUUUUCUCCCAAGCCAUUCACAGCUAUUACAGUGACCACGGAUCAAGAUGCACCUUCCCUGAUAGGUGUGGUAAGGAAGGACUGGGCAUCCCAAAAUAGCAUUGCCCUAUCAUGGCAAGCACCUGCUUUUUCCAAUGGAGCCAUUCUGGACUACGAGAUCAAGUACUAUGAGAAAGUCUACCCACGGAUAGCGCCGGCAUUUUGGCACUACCUGCGGGUAGAAGAACAUGAGCAGCUGACCUACUCUUCCACAAGGUCCAAAGCCCCCAGUGUCAUCAUCACAGGUCUCAAGCCAGCCACCAAGUAUGUAUUUCACAUCCGAGUGAGAACUGCGACAGGAUACAGUGGCUACAGUCAGAAAUUUGAAUUUGAAACAGGAGAUGAAACUUCUGACAUGGCAGCAGAACAAGGACAGAUUCUCGUGAUAGCCACCGCCGCUGUUGGCGGAUUCACUCUCCUCGUCAUCCUCACUUUAUUCUUCUUGAUCACUGGGAGAUGUCAGUGGUACAUAAAAGCCAAGAUGAAGUCAGAAGAGAAGAGAAGAAACCACUUACAGAAUGGGCAUUUGCGCUUCCCGGGAAUUAAAACUUACAUUGAUCCAGAUACAUAUGAAGACCCAUCCCUAGCAGUCCAUGAAUUUGCAAAGGAGAUUGAUCCCUCAAGAAUUCGUAUUGAGAGAGUCAUUGGGGCAGGUGAAUUUGGAGAAGUCUGUAGUGGGCGUUUGAAGACACCAGGGAAAAGAGAGAUCCCAGUUGCCAUUAAAACUUUGAAAGGUGGCCACAUGGAUCGGCAAAGAAGAGAUUUUCUAAGAGAAGCUAGUAUCAUGGGCCAGUUUGACCAUCCAAACAUCAUUCGCCUAGAAGGGGUUGUCACCAAAAGAUCCUUCCCGGCCAUUGGGGUGGAGGCGUUUUGCCCCAGCUUCCUGAGGGCAGGGUUUUUAAAUAGCAUCCAGGCCCCGCAUCCAGUGCCAGGGGGAGGAUCUUUGCCCCCCAGGAUUCCUGCUGGCAGACCAGUAAUGAUUGUGGUGGAAUAUAUGGAGAAUGGAUCCCUAGACUCCUUUUUGCGGAAGCAUGAUGGCCACUUCACAGUCAUCCAGUUGGUCGGAAUGCUCCGAGGCAUUGCAUCAGGCAUGAAGUAUCUUUCUGAUAUGGGUUAUGUUCAUCGAGACCUAGCGGCUCGGAAUAUACUGGUCAAUAGCAACUUAGUAUGCAAAGUUUCUGAUUUUGGUCUCUCCAGAGUGCUGGAAGAUGAUCCAGAAGCUGCUUAUACGACAACUGGUGGAAAAAUCCCCAUAAGGUGGACAGCCCCAGAAGCCAUCGCCUACAGAAAAUUCUCCUCAGCAAGCGAUGCAUGGAGCUAUGGCAUUGUCAUGUGGGAGGUCAUGUCCUAUGGAGAGAGACCUUAUUGGGAAAUGUCUAACCAAGAUGUCAUUCUGUCCAUUGAAGAAGGGUACAGACUUCCAGCUCCCAUGGGCUGUCCAGCAUCUCUACACCAACUGAUGCUCCAUUGCUGGCAGAAGGAGAGAAAUCACAGACCAAAAUUUACUGACAUUGUCAGCUUCCUUGACAAACUGAUCCGAAAUCCCAGUGCCCUUCACACCCUGGUGGAGGACAUCCUUGUAAUGCCAGAGUCCCCUGGUGAAGUUCCGGAAUAUCCUUUGUUUGUCACAGUUGGUGACUGGCUAGAUUCUAUAAAGAUGGGGCAAUACAAGAAUAACUUUGUGGCAGCAGGGUUUACAACAUUUGACCUGAUUUCAAGAAUGAGCAUUGAUGACAUUAGAAGAAUUGGAGUCAUACUUAUUGGACACCAGAGACGAAUAGUCAGCAGCAUACAGACUUUACGUUUACACAUGAUGCACAUACAGGAGAAGGGAUUUCAUGUAUGAAAGUACCACAAGCACCUGUGUUUUGUGCCUCAGCAUUUCUAAAAUGAACGAUAUCCUCUCUACUACUCUCUCUUCUGAUUCUCCAAACAUCACUUCACAAACUGUAGUCUUCUGUUCAGACUAUAGGCACACACCUUAUGUUUAUGCUUCCAACCAGGAUUUUAAAAUCAUGCUACAUAAAUCCGCUCUGAAUAACCUGCAACUAAAACCCUGGCCCACUGCAGAUUAUUGCUACGCAAUGGUAAAUAACUCAGCAUGGAUGUGUAAUUUUGUAUAAGCCGUAUAUGGGAAGUGUUCACGGACUUAACCUAAAAAAAUUUAUCCAGGUGGGGCUUCCUUAGUGAUGUAUGUAGAGUUUGAUGGUAGAUGAGAAAGAACUAGUUGACCUUUCUUUCAUGUUUUGUGAUCAAGUAGCUUCCAAACUGACAUAAAUGUUUCAUUUUUAGAUAAUUA